CCCAUGGCUAUUCUUGGAAUACUUAAUUAUCUUGAAGGCUUUGUUUUAGUUGUUACUGCUUCAGGAUAGAUUCUAAUUUGGUAUUUUAAGUGCAUAUGCAUGUGUAUUUUCAGUGAGUGUUUAUUUCCUUAAACAUUUGAUUCAUUAAUCCAACACUAUUGGUGAUAGGGAACCAAAUCUGUUGAAGGCCUCAUCUUAAACGCGUUCGACUUUGAAGAUGUGUCUUUUGAUGCUAAAGCAUUUGUAACCAUGGAUAGAAUGAGAUUGCUUCAACUUAAUUAUGUACAUCUCAGGGGUGGGUAUGAACAUCUAUUUAAGAAGCUAAGGUGGCUUUGUUGGCAUGGAUUUCCUUUGAAUUCCAUUCCUACAAAUUUCAACAUGGAGAAGCUUGUUGUCCUUGACAUGCAACAUAGCCAUAUAAAGGAAGUUUGGGAAGAAAUCAAGGUGCUCAAAAGGUUGAAAAUCCUCAAUCUUAGCCAUUCUUGUUACCUAACAAAGACCCCAAACUUCUCUGGACUCCUUAAUCUUGAGGAAUUGAUUCUUGAAGGUUGUAGGAGGUUGAUCAAGGUUCACCCAUCCAUAGGAUUGCUUCAGAAACUUGUUAUUUUGAAUCUGAAAGACUGCAAUAACCUUCUGAAUCUUCCAAGCAGCAUUUGUAAGUUGGGAUCCCUUCGAAGACUCAAUCUCUCUGGUUGCUCACAGUCUACGCAGCUGCAAUCCAAAUCAUGGUUUUCAUUCUUCCAGUAUUGGGGUUCACUAAGAAGAAAGCCUGAGCCUAUCACUUUGCUUCCUGCAUCUCUCUCUGGUUUAUGCUCCUUAAGAGAUCUGAAUCUUAGUAACUGUAAUCUAUCAGAAGACAUGAUUCCCAAUGAUUUCAGGAGCUUAUCCUCAUCAUUGGCCGAGUUAGAUUUGACUGGAAACAGAUUUUUUACCUUACCAGCCAGCAUCUGUCAUCUUUCUCGUCUGGGGUGCAUCUCAUUGAAUGACUGUAGAAAUCUCCAAGUAAUACCAAAUCUUCCAUCACGUUUAAGGACAUUGAAUAUAGAAGAAUGCACAUCAUUGGAAGAAUUACCAGCAAAUAUUAGUGACCUCUUUCAACUUGACUGUGACGCAUCAAUGUUGCCUAACAAGUCCAGAGAUAUCCCGUGCCCGGAGACUUCUCAAUCUGGUGUACAUUGGGAACUUGAAGUCUGGGGUAGUGGAAGUGAGAUUCCAGAGUGGAUCGACCACCAAAAUAUAGGAUCCAAAAUAUCUUUUGAGGUAUCACCACACCCAGGUUGUAAAAUCAAAGGGUUAGAUGUAGCGGCUGUUUUUGACAAUGAUGUGAGGUUAGCAGUUAUGGCAAACCUUCUUAUUUAUAAUAAGACCGAAGGUAUUCAAUUGGAGCGCUGGAAUAGAUCAUAUAGAAACGUGUUUAUCUGCCAGUCAACUCAUGCAUUAUGGGUAUGCUAUAUACCCCUUUCUCGGCUUUAUGGUUUCUUUGGAGCUGAGGUUAUUGAGGCUCACUUGGAAGUAGGGGAUCAAGUGGAGAUUUCAGUAGAAAUUAUGACUUGGAAAGGACGUGUGGAUGUGGAAAAAUGUGGAGUCCAUUUGGUGCAUGAGCUUGAUGAAGAGGAAAUCCAAUCAGAUAAUGAUCGAUCGUUGACUCAAUACAUGUCUGUUUCUAAUGAUGAUGUCGCUGUGGAUGGAGGACCAACUGUGGCUAACAUGGAAAAUGAGAAUAAGAGAGGCUAUAUUGAGGAUGUGUUGGAAUCUACAGUAAUUCCAAAAGAUUGA